GUUACCCUCGCGGUGUGACGUCAGCGCGUCGCCGACGAGACGAGGCGUGGCGUGGCUGAGGGCAGGUAGACAAGAUGGCGUUCCUUAGUCGCGGGUGUGGAGGUGGUGUUGUGGUGUGGGUUUCGUAGGAGUGGGCAGUGUCUACGGGGAUAACUGGAGCCGUCAGGUGCCGCACAGGACACUGCUCGAGUCAAGGGAGCACUUUCCUGCUCAACAACCCUUGAUGAAUUUGCCUUCUAAGUGCUGAUUGCUGUUGAGAUCUGAGUAAACAAUUCUAAAUGGCUUCUACAAAGUUGGGAUCCGACUCUCAUGGGCCUUUCAGUUAUCUUGAUGAUGUUCCAUUUAAGAUAGGAGACAAAUUCAAAACUCCAGCAAAGGUUGGAUUACCCAUUGGAUUCUGCCUGCCUGAUUCUUCUCAGUUUGUCAGAGAAGCUCGGUAUGACUUCUCACUGGAAAAGAAAACCAUUGAGUGGGCUGAAGAUAUAAAAAAAAUCCAAGCUUCCCAGCAAGAAGCUGAACGCAAGACAGAAGCGCUAGUGACCUCAAAAGCAGCUCCAGAAGACAACAAAAUGGGGUUGUCUAAGGGACCUUGCCCUGAGGCCAUGCCUCCUCCUAUUAACCCCAUCCUCGCUAGCCUGCAGCACAAUAAUAUUCUUACUCCCAUGCCAGCCAACAGCAUCUCUGUAAAGCAAAAGAUUCUCAGUCCACCUUGUCCAAAAGCAGACUUCAACCCAGCUGAUUUUGAAUGUGAAGAAGACCCAUUUGACAAACUGGAGUUAAAAACUAUCGAUGAUAAGGAGGAAUUAAAAAAUAUUCUUGAAAUUCAUGUUGGUACUACUGGGCCAAUUGUUGCCCAGCUGUUAGAUAAUACUUUGUCCAAAGGAAGAUCUGAGUCUGUGUUACAAGAUGAGGAAGUUCUGGCAUCCAUAGAAAGGGCCACGCUGGACUUCAAGCCUCUUCACAAACCCAAUGGCUUUAUCACUUUACCACAGUUGGGAAAUUGUGAAAAGAUGUCCUUGUCUUCCAAAGUGUCCCUGUCCCCUAUCACUUCAGUGAGCAAUAUCAAAUCUUUAUCCUUUCCUAAACUUGACUCUGAUGAGAGUGAUCCAAAAUCAUCAAAGCUCACAAGCACUUUCCACAGCACUACCUAUCUGCGGAACAGCACUUUGCUCAGCUCUUUGCAGACCUGUGCUCAGAGUAAAGAUAGUGAACUGAAUGGACACCAUAGGGUCAGUCUUUCCACUAUAAAUGAGGACAGUGGUAUGGAGACAUCAACAUUAUCCUCUUCAUCCAGACUGCCUUCCCUGGCUGUGUCGACAGGAGAAGAAUCUUCUGAAAGCACAGCAAUCAUGGUAUACACAGACUGCAAGGAAACAGAAAUCCCCAUGGUAAUGCACCAAAAUUUCCCAGUGUCUAAAGUGCCAAAUAACACCAGCUGCACGAGGCAGUCAGGUGGCCCCACUCCUGAGCAGCAGUCCCUCUCCUCUAGUGAGAGGCAGUGUGUAGAGACGGUUGUCAACAUGGGGUACUCGCCUGAGAACGUCCUGAAAGCCAUGAAGAAGAAAGGACAGAACAUAGACCAGGUUUUGGAUUACCUGUUUGCACAUGGACAGCUUUGUGAGAAGGGCUUUGAUCCACUUCUUGUUGAAGCAGCUUUGGAAAUGCACCAGUGUUCAGAGGAGAAGAUCACAGAACUUCUCCAACUAAUGAGUCAAUUUAAAGAAAUGGGCUUUGAACUAAAAGAUAUUAAGGAGGUCUUAUUAUUACAUAAGAAUGACCAACACAACGCUUUGGAAGAUCUAAUGGCCCGUGCAGGAGCCAGCUGAAAACACAUUCCUGGAUUCUUGUCAUGAAAAGGAGCAGGACCAGCUCCCCCACCUUCACAUCCAGUGUGACUCACUCUCGGCAGGAAGGAGUCCAGCUUUGUGCAUACAUGGGAAAAUGAGUGAGCCCCCCUGUGUCCAUCGCUCCAGCAUUUCUCUUUCCACUGAGAACCAACUUCCUUUCUUAAAUUAAAUUUUGCAAGUGGGGUUGGACUAAAUGAUCUCUAAAGGUCCCUUCCAACCCCUACCAUUCUAUGAAGUGUCCUUUCCUAAGUUUCCCUUUUCCAGCUUGACCACAGAGAGUUUAGACUGACCAACCUCUACUGGAAUUGUAGAAUUGAACAGAAUAUUAAGUUGGUUCUGAAACUAGGAUGCUUUGGUUCCUUGAAGCUGCUUUCACAGUGUCUGCUUGUACUGAAUUGCUUAACUGUGUCUCAGUCCAGAUUAACUGGUUAAAUUUGACCUUUAGUGCAAUGGAAUUGGGUUUUUUGGUUGAAAGUUAGUCUGUAACUUAGUAAAACACUGGUUCAGAAACUGUUGCUAUGCAUAAAGAGAGAAGCUGUUCCUCUUGUAAGGUGAGUUUGUUUUUGUUUUCUUUUCACCCACGCAUCCAAUACUUCUGCCAGACAUGAGUAUCCACUGCCGAGUGGUGCAUAAGUUCUCUUGAAAUGGCUAAGCUGUGAAUUCUACCUGGGCCUGCAAUGUGUGGUAGUUCUUGAACCUGAAAGCAGAGAGCAGGGGCUUGGUAUCCUUAAUUCCCCCAGGCUUGUAGGAUAUUUAAGACAGUACCCUGCUGGGAAAUCAGUUAUCUUUUUGUUUUCAUUAAUACUCAGUAUGAUGCAGGAGGCUUCUUUUUCAAGCACUUUCUUUAAAACAAAUAUACUCACUGCAUUAGUUUCAUUUUUUCACACUGCUAUAGAAUUAUAUAACAUCUAGUACUAGAAAUCAGGUUUUGGAUUGGUUUUGAUAGUUCAAAGUAUAACGUUGUGCAUUGUUCAAGUUGUAAAUACAUAAAAUAUCAGCAGUCCUGAGGAAUCUUUAAUUUGCUAAACAUUUUGAUUCUGCAGAAGAACAACUAAUAAAACCCUCAAAUACCCAGUGUCACACUUCCCACCUUUCAUGCUCUUUGGCCUCAACAGAUGAACUUGCUGGAUCCUGCCCACCCAGGUGCUGACAGCUCCUAUAGGCACCCAUGACUGCUGUCUGUGUUGGACAGAACAACCAGAGGUCUCCAAGAAGGCAGCUGCAGUGGUGAAACAUACUGCUUUUUUUUUUUUUUUCCUUUCUGUGGUUCAUUUUUUGUUUGUUGCAAAAACCAAACUUAGGGCUCCAAACUUGCAGGGACCACCUCGCGGGAUGGAAUUCACGGACCACGCAUCAGACCAAUAUGAUUAAUGCAGAAACCGUUUAUUUUAGCAUUCAAUCACAUUAUAUAUAUGUUAUUCUUUUCUAAAUACAUGAUGAUUGGAUAUUAUACUAUUAUGAUUGGAUAGCUCAGUCUAUUAUGCUCUGUUCACGCGCCUAAUAGCAGAAUAUGAUUUGUUAAGCUUAACUAUGUUAGUAUCUUGAUAGUAGCAGUUUCUACAUUCUUUUACCUAAUUCCUUCUCUAUCUAAUUUCUAUUCUAAGCUUACACAGUUUCUUUCCCACACACAGCUACCUUCAUAUCUACAUUCUAAUUAACAACUCGUCCUUGACUAUUCUUCAGGCCCACUGUUCACUGUCUGAUAUAGCUAAAGUCUGAGGCCUGCAUCUGAGGCCUGUGUCUGAGCCUCAUGCAGCUUACGGUUUCAUAUAACCAAAGUCUGAGUGGGCCACAUGUCCAUUUUCCUUCAGGUACAUUGUUACACAAACUCACAUGAGAGUAUGGAGCUGGGAGCAUUGGAGGGAGAACACAGCUCAGCUUGUUGCCUCGGUGUAGGUUUUUCUGUAGGAGGUUUUAGCUCAAGAGGACCCCAAAGGAGGUGGCAAUUGUCUCCAUUAUGUUAACUUUACAUGACCAAAACAUCUUAUUUGGGACCUGGAAUUCGGUGAGAUGCUUAAUUAUAUAUUAAUGACAUACCUUUACUUAAAAUGAUGCUGAGGAGAGAUGUAGCUGGAACAUAUCUAGGAGAUGUGGAGAUGGAUGGUGAGUAGGACCAGGGCAGAUUGCUUUCCAUCACAUCCUGUAGCAUUGACCUUCACCAGCUUCUAGUGUUUGGGCUGAUAUCAAAACUUGGCUAAGGGAGACAUUCAGCUGCUGCCGCCUCUGGGUGUGGUUAAAGCAGUUGCCUACCUUCCCAGUUCAAAACAAUGAAAUGGGGUUCUUGAUGAAACAAAAAAGCUGGCAAACAAAACUCGAAACUGCUUUACUGUCGUAGCAGAGAGCAUUUGGUUCUGGUGCUCAUUUGGUUUUCUCAGAAUGUACAUCCACACAAGUCCCUGUCUGGUAUUAGCCAGUUCUGAAGGAACAAGGAGUCUUGUCACUGAAGAAACAACAAUUUAAACCAAACCUCUGAAUAAAAUAGUCAAUUUGUUUGUAUUCAUGUGUUAAAGUUUUUUCACAGUUUCCCCUGAAGGGGCUGGCUCUUAAGGCCACUACAGUAACCACUCUGCUUCUGGAGACUGUUGUAGAGGUGAGAUGGUAAGUGAUAACCUGUGAAGCUGGUCUCCUCAUUCCAAAGUGACAUACCUGUCUGUUCCCUAGUGAUGUCACUCUUGCUUUGACAGUGAAGUUUCUGGAUUUGCAUCGCUGAGUGGCUGAAGGCUGGAAGUAUCUUUCUGGGGUGGCUUCUCACAGGAGGAAAGACCAUGGAGUUGAGGAGAUUAACCUGGUGGCUUAGGAGAGACACACUUCUGGAGAAAUGUGUAGCAGGUGCCACAAUGUGAUGAGACUUGAAUGCUGGUCUGAGCCCUGUGCAUAGCUAGCUACUAUCAUACUGUCCUUCUCUCCUGCCAAGUGAUGAGCAAAGCUUAGCCUGGAAGUGGGGAGGUCCUGCUGAUGGCUGCUAUGAGGCUGGGCUCUGCUCUGCUGCCAGAUGAAGAGAAGAUGACUGCAUUCCCUGUCACACUUUGGGCUUUUCCUUAGUUUCUCAGGUCAGAUUGAUUUAGGUACCUGGCACUGUUUUAGAUUUGUCAGGUUAUUUUGCCUUCUUGGGCAAGCUGCUGCCAGGUCUGGGUGUCUUGGUGGAAGGGCUCGUGAAGAGAAGUAUAGAGGCAGAGCCAAAAUUUCUUCCCCAAAAGGGCCAUCAAGCCUUGGAACAGGCUGCCCAGGGAAGUGGUGGAGUCACCAUCCCUGGAGGGAUUUAGGAGUUGUGUGGAUGUGGCACUGAGGGACAUGGUUUAGUGAUUGCUGUGGCAGUGCUGGGUUAAUGGAUAGACUCGAUGAUCUUAAAGGUCUUUUCCAACCUAAACGAUUCUGUGGUUCUAUGAAAAUUGGUGGUUGUGCUUUGAGCCAGAGUCCCCCUGAGCUGCCUCCUGAUGGUUCCUGACAGCAGCAGCCUGGUAAUGAUUCUCCUGAGCAGUCAGUCACCCACCUGGCAGCUGAGGGCUCCCGCUCAACCUGCACUGGCCAGAGACCUGGUGGGAUAAGAAGUGCCGCAGUAGUUGCUGCCUUGUUUGGAGAGUGACUUCUUUCUGGGAUCUUACAGUCUGUCAGCAGCAGGGGCUGCAGCUGCCCCCAUGCUGUAAGGCCAGCCUCAUGGCUUCUGAAACACCAGCUGCAUCAGCAGGCCAGAUGAGAAGGGAUCUCAUACUGAUUCCUAGUCCCUGUUCAUCUUUUGCAGUCAAACAAAUGGGUAUUUUGAUCACAUUUAAAACAUUUUACUAGAGUUCCAUAGUAAAUUUAACUUUUUCAAUAAUGUCAAUUAUUCAAAUAAACUAUCAAGCACCUAC